GCCAUAAUCCAAAUGUCAAAAAUAUAAUGCGCCAUAAUUUUUAUGAAUCAAAAUUUCAUAUUCAUCAUUUAAUCCCACUUUGACUCGCAAUCUAAAUUCAAUUGAUCAUUCUUCAUUUUUCCUCCAUUUUCCGGAACUUUUCAUUUCCCUUUUUUUCCAGUAAAAAAUAAAAAAUACCUAGUUUGCUCCAAAAAUUGCAUAAUUUUACAUUACACCCUUGUUCUAGAAAAAACCAAAUUGCAUUAAUUUUUUAAAUAUUUGUUGAAUUUUUCAUCAUAUAUAUGAUAAAUCCUCAAUUGGGUAUUUUGGGUUUGAUUCAAUUUUUCAUCUUGAGUUUAAAUUUGUCGAUUAAAUUCAAAACAAAAAUCCCCCAGAAAAAAAAAAAAAUCAGCUUUUGAUUAAAUUAGAAAUUGCUUUUUGUUUUUUUUUGGUUUUCUGGGUUGAUCAAGGUUGAAUUAUGCGCGGGGACGCAUCCUCGGAGCAAGAACAGGAUGAUCCCGACGUUGAGUUUGUUGAGGUUGAUCCAACUGGUCGUUACGGUAGAUAUAAGGAAGUUCUAGGAAAAGGGGCAUUCAAGAAAGUAUAUAGAGCAUUUGAUGAAUUAGAAGGAUUAGAAGUAGCUUGGAAUCAAGUUAAAGUUUCGGAAUUAUUGCGCAAUUCUGAAGAUUUGGAAAGGCUCUACUCCGAGGUUCAUCUUCUUCAGACCUUGAAGCAUAAGAACAUUAUAAAGUUCUAUAAUUCUUGGGUUGACACGAAAAAUGAACAUAUAAAUUUCAUCACUGAGAUCUUCACAUCGGGCACCCUACGCCAAUACCGAAAGAAGCAUAAGCGUGUUGAUUUGAGGGCGUUGAAGAAAUGGUCUAAACAAAUUUUAGAAGGGCUUUUGUAUCUUCACAGUCAUGAUCCUCCAGUUAUACAUAGGGAUCUCAAGUGUGAUAAUAUAUUUGUUAACGGAAAUCAUGGUGAAUUGAAAAUCGGUGAUCUUGGAUUGGCCGCUAUUCUUCACCAUGCAAAUGCAGCACACAGUGUCAUUGGUACACCAGAAUUUAUGGCACCUGAGCUUUAUGAAGAGGAGUACAAUGAGCUUGUUGAUAUCUAUGCCUUUGGCAUGUGUCUGUUAGAGUUGGUAACUUUUGAGUACCCUUAUACCGAAUGUAGCAAUGCUGCUCAAAUAUAUAAGAAAGUGACAACGGGAAUUAAGCCUGCAUGUUUGAUGAAAGUGACAGAUCCUGAUGUCAAAGCAUUUGUAGAGAAAUGUAUUACUAAAGUAGAAGAUAGAUUGUCUGCCAAAGAACUCUUAAGGCACCCCUUUUUGUCAGAUGUGAGUCCUGAGAUCGCUGGACAUUCUUCACAAGUCAAUCUUCUGCGUGGAGAAUCAAGUUCAGAGGCUGUUCAUAAGAAGUCUGAUACUGACAAAACAACCUUUUUGUCAGAUGUGAGUCCUGAGAUCGCUGGACAUUCUUCACAAGUCAAUCUUCUGCGUGGAGAAUCAAGUUCAGAGGCUGUUCAUAAGAAGUCUGAUACUGACAAAACAACCUUUUUGUCAGAUGUGAGUCCUGAGAUCGCUGGACAUUCUUCACAAGUCAAUCUUCUGCGUGGAGAAUCAAGUUCAGAGGCUGUUCAUAAGAAGUCUGAUACUGACAAAACAAGUGUGUUGGACAAUUCUGAUCCUGGGCCAAGUAGAGGCCUAUCGGUGCACGGUGAACGGAAAGAUAUUAAUACCAUAUUUAUUAAACUAAGGAUAGCUGAUUCUAAAGACAAAUGUCGCAACAUCCAUUUUCCAUUUGACAUUGAAGCUGAUACAUCAAUUGCGGUUGCUAGUGAGAUGGUUCAUGAACUAGACCUGACAGAUCAAGACAUUACAAACAUCGCUGACAUGAUUGACUCUGAAAUUCGUGCUCUUAUUCCGGAGUGGUCACCUAAGGAUUCAUCUGGAGGCGAUUCUCCUUUCAAUAGUCAGACAUCUGACUUUAAGGAGGAUUCAUCUCCACCUCAUGCCUUUGAAAAUAAGGAUGAUGUUUCUCCCUUGACUAGUGCAUCACCCUUCUCUACAAGCAGCUUUUUCCCAGAUCAACUGCCUUCUGGUCGUAAGUUUUGGUCAGAUUCUCCAAAAACUGGUGUUGGGGCCGGGCUAUCACCAGUCAAGUGUAGCCCUUUGAGCCCAUCUGAAGGCCGCUCUGAAAUUUCUCCUCAGAACCCCGGGAUUACCAAUUGGCGUGAACCAAAAAAAUAUAAGGACGAAGAUUAUUGUGGUGUACUUCCACCCAUAAGGCCAUCAAUCUUUCAUUUAGGAAGCAAUGCUGACUCCAAUGAUCAGGAAAAAGAUUUACUUGAAAGCCCGAGAAAUUUUAUCUUACAUGAAGAAAAGAUCGAUGAAGUUCCUCUUGAACCAGCAACAACUGAAAACUACCUCACUGAAGAUAAAGCGAGAUGUCAAGAAGAGGUUUGUUAUGGCCAAAGUGAUGCUAUUACUCUUUCGCUUGGCCUUAAUGGUGAAAGGGACAAUGGAGAUCUAGAAAAACGUGGAGCAAUGGAUAGACUAGGAAAAAAUGACGGGGAGUCCUAUGCUGAAUCAGAUUUAAGGAUCCUUGCUGAGAACCUUGACCAGUUACUUGCUCAGCAGCAGAAAGAACUAGAUGAACUGAAGUUGAAGCAUAAGUCGGUUAUAUCUCAAGUCUUAGAGGACAUUCCACCUCAUAUGCGUCUAAAAGUGCUUAAGAUGUGCAGCAGAAAGAUUCCAGACUAUAAAUUGCAUUCGAAGAUGAAAUCUCCUGUUCCUAACUUUCCUGGGUAUAAUGGAGCAGAUAAUUGUUCCCAAGUACCAGGAAAAAGAAUAUUUACACGUUCAUUAAGUACUAUUGAUCUUUGUAGCCCAAGACCAAACACUUCUAAGCAGGAUGCCACAUCUGAGAUGGGAAUUGCUGUUAUUCUAAAAGAUGAUUCAGAGGAACUGUAGCUAAGAAGAUUGUCCUGUGCAAAUGACUAACCAGGAAUACAUGGUUCAAUAUUUUGGUCACAGAAUGCAAGGUCUCUCUCAAUCGUAAGUCUCUCUGGCUGUAACCAUUUUUACGCAUCCAUCUGUAGGUUCUUACUUAAAGUAUACCUUUCAUGUCUUUCUUGCUCGUAUGUCUUAUGACAUUAUGUAUUUAUGUUACAUACUUGUACAUAGGCUUUUGUUGUUCUUUGUUUUUAACCUUUGAGUUAGCUGGCUGUGUCAUAAUCUGGUGAUUCAUGUAUAUUAAGUCAAAAAAGUGAAAUAUGGGCAAAAGUUUUGUCUUUUUUUGCCUUGAGUGGAGUGAUAAGUUUCGGAUUCUCUGUUCUAUAAACACAUAGAUCAGGACAUUACCAGUUCAAUUUUUUUAGUUAUAAUUCUUGUGGUACUUGUUAUUUUUUUAUUGGUUGUGCAGUUCUAAACUGAUAAACCUGUUCUAUAAAUAGUUUCUCCAUCUUUGACAGUUGUAUCCGAAUAUUGCUCUGUUAAUAUUACUGUGAUGUUGAGACUGAAA